AUGGCAGUGAAUAAAAAAUCGAAGGAUAACAGUGCAGGAACAACCAAUGCUAAUAGUGUAUCCCAGAAGACAUCUAUUAGCAGUUGGGUUCGGAACCGGCCUACGGCCCACCCGGCCUCGGUGUGCGCCGGGUCUGCCAUCGGGGUACAUUACCGUGCAAACGUUGGAUCGUGUCAGCAAAGGCUACUCAGCGAGAUCAAGUGUUGUCUAUACAGCCGAGUUGCUCCUUCAGGCUUUUCGGACUUCUCCAAGCAGAACGGGCAUGAGGCAAUCUUUAACCUGGAGUUCUCUCCAAAUGGUGAUGUCCUAGUAGCAGCUUGUGAGGAGAAUAGCAUGUUGCUGUUUGAUCCAUUGACAACCAAGCAUAUAACAGCGGUUCGCAAUGCCCACUCUGACUGUGUCAACUGCAUUAGAUUUUUGGACAGCAGGACAUUCGCUUCGGGGUCCGACGAUUCCACCAUUGCAUUGUGGGAUAUCCGCAACCUGAAACAGAAGAUCCGAUGCCUGCAGGGUCACACCAAUUGGGUCAAGAGCAUUGAGUACUGCCGGCAAACCAGACGGCUAGUCACGUCGGCAUUUGACGGCAACGUUGUAACUUGGGACAUCAAUGGCUAUGAGGAGAAAGGCACACCUCAUGAGAAAGUCUUCUAUAUCGAGUCUCUGAUGAGGACGCGGCUCACGCCCGACUGCACCAAAUUGGUCAUGUCCAGCUCGGGAUUCUACAUCAUCGUCCAUGACCUCAACCUUUCAACUUUGAACUCUGACCUGGCCGGGCUGGACUUUGCCCGACACUACCAAGGGAAUCUGGCAGGACGGAGGAGGGGCAGGAAUCGCGUGGAGCUGGUGUCGGAUUUCCCCGAUGGAAGUAAAGCGUCUUGCAUUUCGUCCCUGGUUGUGCAUCCUCAGGGAUGGGCUAUGAUGUCUAGAUACACCACACGAGAUAAUGAUGCCGAGUGGACAUGUGUUCAUGAUCUUCAAGAUCCUGUACCAGAAGCAUCACACGGUGACACAGUGGUGACCAGACCCCCUGCCAAACGUCUGAUGUACUACACAAAGGAACCCACAGACGGUCAGGGUUACAUUAAAGAACUCAGUGUUAGUCCUGACGGUCGUUUGAUCUGCUCCAGUUGUUUCGGGAUCCGACUUUUGGCGUUCGACGACAAAUCAAGUGAACUCUGCGACAUACAACCCCACACCGUGCGGGAACUGCCAGUCAAGUUCCUAGUCAGACACAAGAGUACGGUGUUGACUUCGCGGUCACCCACUCACUGUCUGCUAGUCUCGGGUAGCAUGUGCGGGAGGGUCGCUUUCUAUCAGCCUAAAUUAUGA